GGAAAAAAUCAGAAGUAAAGUGACCCUGCUGAGCAUCUGAGCUGAAGCUCUUGAUCUGUACCCUGCCUUUCUCCUCUAACCAGCGAGGUGUUUUGUUGGUCACCGCUCCUACUUUCCCAGGAUAUUGAGUUGUGGCAGUACAGGGUUUUCACUAGCGAAAUGGAGGCUUCACAGGGGACUGAUGCCAGCAUGGAAGAAAAUAGGACUGCUUCCAAGGGCGACACCACCACUGCCCAGGCUGUUGGCUGCCCUUCAGAUACAGGUAUGGCUGGAAGGGCAGAGGUGUGUCAAGGAUGUCCUGGAAGAGAGUUGUGCUCUCGUCUAGUUGGCAGUGCUGAUCCCGACCAGCCGGCCAUAGACAUUCGUAUGAAUGCAUGCCGGCGGAAGAUCAUGGUCGUAUCCGGCAAAGGUGGUGUUGGCAAGUCGAGCGUAGCAGUCAACCUUGCCAUAUCGCUAGCAGCAAAGGGGCUGAAGGUUGGCCUCUGUGAUCUGGACAUCUGUGGACCCAGCAUCCCAACCAUGCUCAAAGUUCAGGAUCAAAGUGUUGUCAACACCCAGUAUGGCUGGACUCCGCUCAAGUCGCCUCAUGGUGGCAUCAAAGUAAUGUCAAUUGGGCUGCUUCUGGACAACAGCUCAUCAGCGGUUGUCUGGAGAGGUCCUAGGAAGUCUGAGAUUAUAAAGCGGUUCUUGAAGGAUACCUUCUGGGGGCGCUUGGAUUACCUACUAUUCGACACACCACCAGGAACAUCCGAUGAACAUCUCACUGUCGUUUCGGCACUCAAGUCUGUGCAUCUCGAUGGUGCCAUUGUGGUAGGAACGCCUCAGCGCAUGGCACUUGACACUGUGCGCAAGGAGGUGACGUUCUGUCGCAAGAUGGGCGUCCGCGUGCUGGGCUUGGUCGAGAACCUCAGUGGAUUUGCGUGUCCAUGCUGUGAGGAGGUGACAGCACUGUUCGGCAGCGGUGGUGUGCAUCGACUGGCCGAGGAAACGGCAAUACCGAUGCUGGCCACGAUUCCUAUAGACACGCGGCUUUCUUCAUGUGAGGAAGAUGGGUCUAGCAUUCAGCAGGAACAUCCAACAUGCGGCGCAGCAGUUGCAUUUGAUUCUCUACGCAAGUGCGUACAGGACAUUGUUGAAACUUGACACUCGAUGUCUACUACUACAUGUACAAACUACUUCGUAGCCAAGCCAAGCCCUGCUCUGCCAUGUCACCAGCCACCAACGGCAACGGCCACACAUCAGUGCGUGUCUGGCCCAUUCCUGCUAUUGCAAGACGUGAUACUUGAAGUACAACACCAGCCACAUGAACGUGGACGGCUCUACAGUCUCCACACACACAAACAAGCACGACGUAACGUGCAGUGCACUGCAGUACACGAAUGUCCUUUCUUUCCUAGGCUUGAAUCUCUGUCUGGUGAAGACACUCUUCGCUGAAGACUGCAUUAAUGUUGCCAUUGAAUUCAGAUGAGAAAAUAUGUUGUGAUGAAGAAUAA